CCUGGGCCGCCCCGCCGUGGGAAAGUGGCCUUCGUUUUUCCCACGCGCGGAGGUGCGGCGUCUCCUCCCUGCCGGGGGCUGUCAGAAGGGGCCGCUGAUUUCCACAAAGCAAAGAAGGCACCACCUGAUCCAAGGCUGCUGCUGCUCUUCUGGGGAACUGCAUGAAAGUGUGACGACUUGCUUGCCUAUUGGGGCAAGAGUGCGAGAGGAGAGGAGAAGAGCAGAAAAGUGGAGCAGAAUCAAUAUCAGAGUGGAGGGAGAAAUGUGUUGAGUCUGAAGGCACUGAUAUAUAGGAAAUUCCAGUCCGUGAAGAAAGAAGGAAACAAAUUUAAUUUCCAUCAGUGUGCCAAAAUCUUAACCUGAAAAUCACGUCUUAGCUCACAUCAAAGAAUGCAUAACCAGGAAAAUAUGGUGAAAGGGUCCGAGUAUCGGAAAAGCUUCAGUCAGAAAACAACCCUUACAUCGCAUCAAAAAACCCACAAGGGGGAGAACCUGUAUGUAUGCUCGGACUGUGGAGAGAGCUUUAGUGACCUUUCAAACUUUACUUCCCAUCGAGAAACCCAUAAAGGGGAGAAUCUGUAUAUAUGUCCAGAAUGUGGAAAGAGAUUCAGUGACCAUUCCAGCUUUACUAGUCAUCAAAGAAUCCAUCCUGGGGAAAAGAGCAUCAGUCACAGAACCAUUUCCCAUCAAAGAGUCCAAGCUGGGGAGAAACCAUUUCAGUGCUUAGAAUGUGGAAUGAACUUCAACAGAAGCACAAAUCUUAUUUCGCAUCAAAGAAUCCACACAGGGGAGAAACCGUUUGAGUGCUCAGAGUGUGGAAGGUGUUUCAGUCAGAAUUCAAGCCUUACGUGCCAUCAAAGAAUCCACACCGGAGAAAAACCGUACGAAUGCUCAGAGUGUGGAAACAACUUCAGGAAGAGGUGUCAGCUUACUGCCCAUCAAAGAAUCCACACUGGAGAGAAACGAUAUAAAUGUUUAGAGUGUGGAAUGAGGUUCAUUCACAAGGGCCAACUUACUACCCAUCAAGGCACCCACACGGGGGAGAAACCGUAUAAGUGCUUAGAAUGUGGGAAGAGCUUUACUAUCCGUUCGAACCUUAAUUGCCACCAAAUAAUCCACACAGGGGAAAAACCGUACGAAUGCUUAGAAUGUGGGAAAUGUUUCAGCCGGAAGAAGGUCCUCCUUGCCCAUCAAAUAACCCACACAGGGGAGAAACCAUAUAAAUGCUCAGACUGUGGAAAGCGCUUCAAUCAGAAGGGCAACCUUGUGAAUCAUCAAAGAAUCCACACAGGUGAGAAACUGUAUGCCUGCUCAGAAUGUGGGAAGAGUUUCCGGAAGAAGUCCAGCCUUAUUGGCCAUGAAAAAACCCAUACAGAGGUGAAACCAUACAUAUGCCCGGAGUGCGGAAAAGCCUUCAAUGAGAGUGGAAAGCUUUCUUCCCAUCAAAGAACCCACACAGGGGAGAAACCAUAUAAAUGCCCAGACUGUGGGAAGUGCUUUAGUCGAACGUGCCACCUUGCAAACCAUCAAAGAAUCCACACAGGCGAGAAACUGUAUGCCUGCUCAGAGUGUGGAAAGAGUUUCCGGAAGAAGCCCAGCCUUAUUCGCCAUGAAAAAACCCAUACAGGGGUGAAUCCCUAAUUCAAUUUAAGGGAGCUUUUUGUGUGUGUUCAUGUCAAUGGGAGACCAGGGGCGCUGUCAUAUAUUCAUGAUUGUAUUUGUUGCUGUGUAUUCUCUUAGAGCCUCAUCACCUCCAAAAAGUUCAGCAGCUGGUGAGAAAAAAUACAGGCCUGCCUUUUGACCUGACAGUUCAUUAGUACAACAGAUUUACAAUGCAAUCCUAAACAGUGUUACUGCAGUCUAAGCCCAUUGAAGUUCAUAAGCUUAGAUUGGUGUCACUGUUUUUAGGUUUACACGGUUAGUGUCAUUUUAAUUUUGAACACGUGCCACUUUUAAAUAUA